UCUGUGACGUCAGGAAUAUUUAGCGUAUCGGCGGGAAGUUCAGUCGUCUGUUCAAGAGGGAAAACUGACGCACGUUUUUGUUUGAAAGGCUUAUUUAUUAAUAACCGGAUCAAAGAUGCCUUCUGAAAAGGAAGAAGUUCAGACUGUCACGGAAUCGAAGGAAACUACUGAAACUCCAGAAAUUAAAACUAAAACAGUCGAGGAUGUUAAGAGAGCCGUUGAAGAGGCAGAGAAGGAGCAAGAGGACACUGCCGAGGCUGAAUCCACAGAAACAAAGGAGGAGAAUGGCUCAAGUCAAAAAGAUGAAGAAAAUGUGAACCAGAAUGCCACAGAAUCAACUGACGCGGAGAAGAGAUCGUUAGACGAGGAGGAGGCUGACAAUGAGGAAUCCAGUCCAACAAAGAAGACGAAGACUGAGGACGCCAAAGAGGACACCGAUCAAACAGAAGAAAAUAAAGAUUCUUAGAGACCUACUUUUUAUCAUGUGAUCAUAUCAUUAAUUUUACCAUUGUUUUAGUCUCAGUUUUUGAGAAGUUGUUCAUUAUCCGUAUUUAAAUCACGUGCAGCCAAAUUUUGUCCAUGUUGGAUGCUGGUUUUAUUUAGUAUAUUUGUGGAAUAAAUGUCGUAUGAAAGGUA